CGAACUUACCAAUACUAUGAUGUGAUGUCACCACCUCAAUUUGGCAUUUUCCAACUGCAUAGAUAUCCAAUUUUCACCCACCCUUCAAACCUUGGUUUUACUCACUCUUCUUCUCCAAUUCUUUAUCUCACACACUUGACAGAGAGAGAUGGGAGAAGAAACAAAAUCAGUGAAUGGGAAAGAUGAAUCAACUGCAGCAGCAGCCGCAGUUUUGCCUGCUGAAGAAAAAGCAGAUUAUAGUGAAAAACCAAUCACUCAAUUUUCAUUGCAGGAUUCUCAAUCAUUAAACUCUAAUCCACCUCCCACUUCUUCAAAUGAUGUGCUUGCAAAAGUGGAGAUUGAGAAGAAAUUAUCUCUUAUCAAAGCAUGGGAAGAAAACGAGAAAACAAAAGCUGAAAACAAGGCACAUAAAAAGUUAUCAGCCGUAGAUGCUUGGGAGAAUACCAAAAGAGCAGCUGUGGAAGCAGAAUUGAAGCAGAUUGAGGAAAAGUUUGAGAAAAAGAAGGCAGAAUAUGCAGAGAAGAUGAAGAAUAAGGAGGCUUUAAUUCAUAAGGCAGCUGAGGAAAAGAGAGCGAUGAUUGAAGAAGAUCGCAGCAAACACUUUUUGAAAGCAGAGGAAAUGGCUGCCGAAUGUCGAACCACAGCCACCAUACCCAAGAUAUCGUGUGCAUGCUUUAGCUUCUAAUUCUACUUUCUCAUCCAUUGCACUUUUAUUUCAUGUUUUAAUUAGGCCUACUUUUGGUUUGUUAUGAUAUUUGGAUCCGUCUGUAUAAAUUAUAACUCGAUCACUUUUUGAAGUUGGAAUUUAUUAUUAUUAUGUUA